AUGGCCGCCGAGCCAACCAGCACAUGGCACCCGGCCAUGAUGCCCAACACCACCGCCGAUGCAGUUGCACCGAUUCAAAAGCCUAAAGUGGCUGAUUCAACCCAUGAUGCAUCGCCCGGUCUCCCAAAAAUCGAAGACCACGAUCCCACCAAUGCUUGGUUUGAUAAGGACGGCGAGGACGAAGAUGAAGCCGACGCCUGGCUGGUAUCCGAGGACGCUGAACCUGCAGAACCCAUCGAGGCCACUGAACCUAUAAACUCUUCACAGGAGACAGAAAAGACAAAGGGAUACGCCCCGAGACAAUCACAUACCCAUGACGAGCAAGAAAGAUCGGAAGACGCUGCAGAUGCUUGGCUGACAAACGGCCACCAUGAGGGAGGUGCGUUGUUGCUCUCCGGGGAGAAAGAGCAGGAUAUAUCUGGAGAAGAGCCCGAAACCACAGCACAACAGGAUCGGGCUGACGAGGCGCCUGUUAAUGAGCCGCCGACGGAGGAGCCCACACAACCAGAAGGAAUGAACUCAAAAGACACAAGCCCUGAGAUCACGGGUCCGUCGCAGACCGUGGCCCAGCACUCCAGCUCCAUGUCCUUUGCUCGGACUGUCUCCCACGAGGUUAGCUUUGGCGACGAUGACGAUGGAGAGUGGAACCUGGGUCGAUCCGACACGGACACGUUUGGCUUCAUGCCGCCAUCAAAUCGGACCAACUCGUUUCCUGUCGUACCUCCCAUGGCGUCCGAGUCCGAGCUGCGCCAUGCCCUACCGCUCCCUACCAACCAGGCUCUCGACGUCAUGGAAGAAGAUGAAAAAGAGGCCGAACUUGAAGAGGAGGAGUACAUGAUGCGAAGCCCCGAAGGCGACAGCUCUGCAUCGUGGCAAAGGCACAGUGGUACUCGAGGUAAACAUGCGCCGUCCCGAUCCAUUGGCGGCGAAAUUGCGGAAGCAUCCACCACUGCUGAAGCGGCUCGAUUUGAAGAGGGUGUACCCCUUAUUCCACAAUCCGAGACGGGCAACGAAGCACACGCGGUCAGAGCCGACCCAUUCGGAGAGGAGGACGCAAACGAUGACGACUUUUUCGCUCAAGUUCAGGACACGGACAAUCAAAAUGACUGGGACAGCAACAUCAGACCCUUGGAGCGGAAGUCUACAAUGCAAGCAAUGGCUUCCACGGAUGAUGGCGUUUCGCUCAUGCAUCAGACCACUCUUGAUGAAACCAUUGAAGAACAUGCUGAUGAGUCUGCUGAAGGCGUUGCGCUUGGCAUUCCAGAGACGGAUGAACCAGCACCCUUGACCGAGGACCUGGAAUCUAAGUGGGAGCAAGCAUUUGGAGAAGACGAGGAUGACGAUUUUCUUCUCGAUGAUUCAGCAGCGGAGAACAAGGAGGACAUUGAUGCGGCAGCCUUCCUCGGCAGCGAUGACGAGGGUCUGCUUGAUGACACCUUGGACGAACCUGUGCCUGCUCCUCAACCCUCACAACCUCGACAAAACCCGUACGUCCCAACGAACGCGGCGGGACAACCACCACCACCAACACUCACCCCAACUGCUGCCACGGCUGCAACCUCCCAGUUUUCCCCAGCCGUGCCAUACGGGGGCGCUGCUCAGUAUGGACAGACACCACCGCGGCCUGAAGCUGCCCGAGCCGAGAGCUUUGCGGACAAGUCCAAAGAAGGGUAUGCCUCGCCGUACGAUUUGCCUACCGACCUGGUCUCCAAGACCGUCAAACCACGCAAGCGACCCAGCCUUCAACAAUUGCCCCAGGAAACAGCACUUCCUCCUCCCAGGAGUGCCAGCAUGUAUUCACCGGGGCAGGCGGCGCCUCCUGCGUCCGCACCGCCGACUUCAUCCGCUCCUCCAGUCCCUUCUACUCAGCCUCAGGGUCCUCAAUUGAGUCAAAAAGCCUCGGCACCCGCCCUGCGCUCAAAAAGCGGUUUCUUUGAGGAAUUACCAAUGAUGUCUAAGCCAAGAUCGGCUUCGAGACAGAGUCAGCGAGCGCCAUCGCCCGGCCAGUACGCACCUGCGCCGCCUCAACAACAAGCACCUCCUCCAGCGGCAUCCCAAGCUGUCCCCCCACCAGCAUCAGGAGCUGUUGCUCCUCCCACGCACACGGCAAACCAACCUCCAACACCUCAGCAGCUGCCCGGCGAGACUCAGACACCACCUGGUGUGGCCGACUUGGUUGCUCCCCCCAAGACGAACCCUUACGCCAACCUUCAGGCCCAGGCUCCCUCCGUGACCCCGCCAUCGAGCAGCUCGUCUCGAUACUCGCCUGCACCGGCAGCCCAGCAAGGCGGCGGUGUUUCUCUUGCCAGCCGCUAUUCGCCAGCGCCGUCAGCUGGAUCACGCCCUAACAGCUCUUAUGGCGCUGGCCCUCCUCACACCGUUCUUCCUCACCUGCCACGUACCUCCAGCCCCUUGGCACAUUUUGAGAGUAGUGGUGCCACAGAUGGACAACACUUUGACCGACGGACGAGCUCUUCAUUCGAGCCAAGAUUGAAUCGAGUGUCGUCUUUGCCGCCAACUAGGGAAGUAGAUGAGGAGGAAGACGAAGAAGCUCUGUCUCCUGGAAAUCGGUCGUUCAGUGCCAGUCAUACAGCUGUGGCUGACGUUGCCGAGUCUCGAUAUAGCCCUGCGUCACCCGUUUGCGCAGCUCGGUACACUCCCCCGUUACCCUCUGCCAACGGUGCACCAGCCGCUGCUCUGUCACCUCCUAAGAGAAUCAACUCCAACUACGCACCUCAGCCUGCAUCAGCAUCCGCAUCAGCGCCAGCGCCAGCGCCAGCGCCAAACUCAUUUGCUCCGCCUUCCCGAGCUCACACGCAAUCUCCUGGUUACACGCACAACGCUGCUAGAAAGGGCAGCAGGUCGUCGGAAUCCGGUCAUCGACCUUCGUCCGCUCAUGCUCACGCACAACCAGCCCCAGCCGUGACAAAGCCUACUCAAUCUGCGCAUGGGCCCAUCUCUCGUGCUCGGGGUCAAUCACUUACCAACAUGGUGCCGCCCACUGAUGGUAGAGAGCACGAUCCUCUUGAGAGAUGGAGGGGAGCGCCAGUCAUGUCCUGGGGAGUCGGUGGAACGUUUGUUUCAACGUUUCCCAAGAGUAUCCCCCGAUAUGCCAUGGGGCAGACCAUGCCAGUUACCGUACGCACAGUGGGUGAAGUCAAGGUUCAGAAUAUUAAGGAUCUAGACCCUCUUCAGGAUCACCUGGCCAAAUUUCCUGGGCCCCUCAAGGGAAAGUCCAAAAAGAAGGAAGCAGUUGCUUGGCUCUCGGCUGGCAUUGAGUCCAUGGAAAGGGAACUCCCUGAUGUCUCUUUCCACUCUCAGCUAUCUCUGGAAGCGAAACGCUCCAUCGAACGGCUCUUGCUAUGGAAACUAUUGAGAGUCUUCAUCGAACAUGACGGAGUGCUUGAGGGCACUCCUGUCGUGGACAAGGCCGUUCGGCAAAUCCUGGCCCCUGAGACGACGGAACUGCCGGGCGAAGGCGCUCCACUGUUCACGGGAGCUGAGACGACCGCCGCAGGCGUCACCUCGAUGCAAGCCGAUGGUGUGGACUCGGGAGCCAUUGAAAAGAUUCGCCUCGACCUGCUCAAGGGACAUCGCGAGACGGCAGUCUGGUCUGCCGUGGACAAGCGUCUCUGGGGUCAUGCCAUGAUUAUUUCUCAGACAGUUUCUCCGGCUCUUUAUAAACAAGUCGCCCAAGAAUUUGUACGCAAGGAGGUCAACUACCCAGGCCAUAACAAUGAGCCCCUUGCUGCCCUGUACAAGGUUCUGUCUGGAAAUUAUGACGACUGCGUGGACGAACUUGUACCUUCGCAUGCUCGUGCUGGACUGCAACUCGUGUCCACAGAGACUUCCUCUGGUCCUACAAAGGAUGCCAUGGAUGGUCUUGACAAGUGGCGUGAGACAUUGACUCUUGUGUUGAGCAAUCGAAGCAACGACGACAUCCGAGGACUCAAUGCUCUGGGUAAGCUUUUGUCCAGCUACGGCCGCGCCGAGGCCGCACAUAUUUGCUUCAUCUUUAGCAGACAGCUAUCAGUUUUUGGCGGCCUCGACGACCCCAACGCGGACUUCGUCUUGGUUGGCUCAGACCAUCGCAGACAGUCUGACCAGUUUGCCAAGGAGACCGAGGCCCUGCAGCUCAGCGAAGUCUACGAGUUCGGACUCACACUUGGUGGAGGCGUGACGGCGGCAGCUGGAGCGCCACAUCUCGCUGCUUACAAGCUUCAGCACGCCGUAACCCUUGCCGAGUACGGGUUCCGAGACAAGGCGCUGCAGUACUGCGAUCACAUUGCCACUGCCAUCAGCUCGCAAACGAGAAGGUCCCCGUACCACCAUGCCAUUCUCGAAGCCUCCGUGGAAGACUUUUUGGCAAGGCUGAAGCAAGCACCCAAAGAGGCAUCAUCGUCGUGGAUAUCCAAGCCCACGAUGGGCAAGGUAUCUGAUAGCAUGUGGAACCGGUUUAACAAAUUUGUUUCAGGAGAUGAGGAUGGAAAUGGCCAGCCUGGAUCAGAUGGUGAUAACGGACCAUUUGCUCGCAUUGCUGCCUCGCCAAACGUUUCCAGACCACCGUCUACUUCCAAUUUCGACGUCUAUGGCUCCCCCCCAGCAGCCUAUCCAUCCGCAACGGCGCCUCCUGCAGCAGCUGGUACCGCCGCUGCUCGAUAUGCUCCAGCACCAACCGCCUCCUACCCUGCCGCGAAUGCCAAUCCAUACCUUCCAGCGGCACAGGGGCAGCUCUCGCCAGUGUCAACCUUUUCGACGAAUAAUGUCCCCGAAUACUCGCCCAACCCGUACGAACCUAGCUACCCAGGGGUGCCCGCCAGCCAGCCGCAAACUGCUGGAUACCAGCCAGUCGGCUAUCCUGGAUCAGCCGCACCUUCGAAGUAUCAACCCGCCGGAUCAGCUCCGGCUCCCGUUGUCCAACAGGAGCCACCCCCGGCAGCCCGAGCGGGAACUUCUGGCAUGUACCAACCGUACGGGCUUCAAGAGUCGCCAGACAUUCAACCCAGUUCUGCAGUUGACAAAGCCAACCAAGGAUACCAGCCGACAACAUAUGGCUAUGAGCCCCCUCAGAUGGCUCCCACCGCAGCUGACAGUCAAGAACAGGAGACGAGUGGUACGAGUGGAUAUGAGCCACCGUCGUUUCAACCAUAUGGAUAUGAGCCGCCUUCGUACCAGCCAGAUGUUGAGGACGAUGAUGCACCCAAGCCCAAGAAGAAGAGCUUCAUGGAUGACGAUGAUGACGAUAUCCCAGCACUGAGAAAAUCACAGGACAAGUCAAAGUCCGAAAAGGACCGGGAGAAUGAGGAGAUGUUCCGCAAGGCGGCUGAAGAAGAUGCCAAGCGAGCAGCAGCAGCAAGUACCAAAAAGGGAUGGGGUUUUGGCGGGUGGUUUGGUGGUGGCAAGAAGGCAGACGGCAACAUUGGUGAAGCUUCGCCUGGCAAAGCUAUCAGAGCCAAGCUUGGUGAAGAGAGUAGCUUCGUGUAUGACCCUGAUCUGAAGCGGUGGAUCAACAAGAAGCCUGGUGCCGAGAAUGUCGAAGCCAAGAAGGCCACGCCACCACCUCCCAGGGCUGGUCCACGCUCUGUGAGCGGCACACCUCCUCCACGGGCUGCUGGCACACCACCACCACCCGCCGCUGGACGAUCCAGCGUUCCCCCAAUGGGCGCAAUGCCUCCUCGAUCCAUGGCAGGGAAUCUGACUACUGCCCAAUCCAUGGAGAACCUGACUGCUCGUGCUGCUCUCGGCGCCCCUCCAGCACCUCUCCCACGGUCUGUGUCCAGCAACAACACAGGAUCUGCAGGGCCAUCCACUGGUCCGCCUAGUAGACCCACGACCAGUAUGAGUAACGCAAGCAGCAUUGACGACUUGCUCGGUGCCCCGGCUCCCAGAAAAGCAGGCCAGAAGAAGCCGAGAAAGAGCGGCCGAUAUAUUGACGUCAUGGCAAAGUAA